AGCUAGAGAGAGAGAGAGAGAGAUUUAAAAUAUUACACAGACACACAUAGACACACAUAGGUCAUAUUUUUAGAAGUGAGGCUUUCCAGCUGAACACUGCGUCACACAGUGUCAUCCACAAGCAUCCAGCCUUUUAAUAAAUCAUCUUUUCUGGUGGUGGAAGUUGAACUAUUCACCCCGCCCACUCCCACAGAAACAUUAGAGGAAGUCAUACAGGAGGCCUAAUUAGCAGAAGAUACUGGACACAUGAGUCACCACAGGAAUAUUACGGUGAUACAACUGAAGACAAAGUUUCUAAUUUUAGGAUGUCAACUCUGUUUUGUAACACCAGUCCCUCAAUAGAGGCAAGAAAUAUUUACAGGGGCAUUAACUAUGCAUGGUAGAUAACUAUCUGCUCACACUGAAAGAUGGUUUGCGCUGCGAAGACGCUCGAUCAUUUCACCCUCCUUUCAUCUCGUGGAAAUGAGCGCUUUCCUGCACAUCAAACAAACUCUACAAGAGAAACGAGCGGCUCAACAUUUCUAAGUGAUUAGGCCAAUAAACCGAACUCAUGCCGUGGGUUAACAGACAGCUAUUUGACUAAUUUCCCAAUUAGGAAGCUUUUUGUGUGUUGACAAACUCCAGCGCGUGGAUGACCCUGAAAGAGAAAGAGGCACCAAAACAGCCAGGAGACACUGAGGCUCGUCACGUGUUGUUUGUCGCCCCUGAGUCCUGUCUGACUACAUCGUGAGUUAUAAUCAGACGGCGAAUCACUGGAUCCCGUGCAGCCCACGAUGCCGACGCGCGCCGUGCAAGCGCACACCCAGUCCGGCGGUGCCUGGGAUUGGGUGGAGGGAGUGGUGGCUGCGGACGGAGUCACAGGAUUGGUAGAGUUCAGCGCCAAACUUGUUGACUCAUAACUGAGCAGCUCCUCUCCAUCCUUCACGGCGCGGAGCUGUCCAGGGCCAGUGGUGCUGAAACUGCCAGCUUCCGACGUGCCGUUGGAAUUAUUUCAUCGUUUUUUCCCGGUUUGAUCGCUCCCGUUGACCCUUUUAAAGUUAUAUGCUCUUGCGCAACACUUCUAGACGUCUGGUAUAAGCAUCACUUGGCGGAUAUCUAUCCACCGUCACCGCUCUAUCCAAGAGCACAUCAAGCCUUCAACUUCUAAGCCGAUCAAACAGAGGAGCAGCUAUGGCUUUCAUGGUGAAACACAUGGUGGGAGGACAGCUGAAGAACCUGACAGGCGGACUGACGGAGGAGAAACCCGAAGCGGAGAAAUCAGAGGCAGCCGCGCAGGGGAUGACUCAAGAGGAAUUUGAACAAUAUCAGCAACAGUUAGAGGAGGAAAAACAAGAACGAGAAGCCAGUUUUGCCCAGAAGAAAGCUGAGAGAGCCACAGUUAGGAGUCAUUUUCGGGAAAAGUACAGACUACCAAAGAAUGAGACUGACGAGACCCAGAUCCAGCAGGCAGGCGAAGACGUGGUGUUGCCCACAGAGCUGGCCAAGAUGAUAGCGGAGGACAACCAGGAGGAAGCACACAAGCAGUCGGUGCUGGGCCAGCUGUCCAACAUCCAGAACGUGGACAUCGACCAGCUGAAAGACAAAGCCCAGGCCACACUGGAAGACCUCAAAAAGCAGACGGAGAAUUGCAGUCUCAUGUGAUCUGGCCAACUCUAAGUCCCUGAAGAUUAGAGCUUGACUUGUACAAAUAUUUUUCAGAGGCGGAGCUGCUCUGGAGGUAGAAAUAUUCUUACUGGCACUGCUUGAAUGGAAUGUCAGUUGGCAGAGCCGCGUAACAGCAGUUUUUCUAGCUGCGCAAAGUUAGAAAAGAAAAGAAAGAAAGAGAUGAGGAAGCUAAUAUAAUCAGAUCUGGGGCUCAAUGUUACUAACUGGAAAAAAGAAGUCUAGACAUACAGUACCAGUCAAAACUUUGGACACACGUCUUCAUUCAAGGAAACAGGAGGUUGUGUCCAAAAUGUUGACUUGUACUAUAGUCAGCUUGCCUGCUGACCCUCAAACAUCCUAAAGGCCAUGAAUGUCAUUCAUAUUCUUAUUGAAAUAAGCUAACUUGCACUCUGAAAAACUGUGGUUCCUUAGCUCCUCCCAUUGAGAUUUAACCAAUGAGAUUACUUCUGCCUUUAGAGCAACUCUUCCUCUGAGAGAAGUUUGGCCAGCCUAUAAAAUUCUCCCUCCGUCCCCUGAACUCCCUUACUCUCUGUACUUCACAUGACCAGUGAUAAGACAAUAUGAUCCUGCUGCAGAGGUCUCAGGCGUGUAUGCAGGUUUUCAUUACUGCCACACACACAGCAGCUGAUUUCACUGAUGAGCACAAGCACCUUUAACAAGACAGGGAGGACUGAUCAGUGAAAUAAGAGGCUUGGUUGGGAUAAAAACCUCACAUUCACAAUCUGACACUGUCUAAUGUCAGGAGACCAUACGCAUAUUAUGUUGGAUUUGGGGAAAUUUCUUUUAGGAAAUGUUAAGUGAAGGAGCACUUUGUGGGAUUGUUUACAUUCCACAUACAAAAGCACAAAUUAUUACAAACUGAUUCAGAGCAACAAAUGUGGCUGAUCUUUGUCAUAAGUAGCUUACUAAUGUUGGAAUGUUCCUAAUGAAAGCUCCCUCUGAGCUGCAAUGAUCAUAGUUUUAAUCUUUUCCUAGACAUAUCAUUAUAAAUAAUUAUAAAUACUUCUCUCUUUUUUUUUUUUUUUAGCUUUUUCUGUACUUCAUUGUGCCUUGGACGUCCGUACAAGGUUGUCUUCUCUAGAGCUCCAAGAUCUGUAUGCUACUUUUGACAACGUUUUAUUAAAAUCAACGAAUAAUUUGUGAGCAGGCAGAAAUCAUGUCUUACUUAGGUAAUUACAGUUAAGCGUGUGCAAUAACUGUGUUCCCAAAUGUAACCUAGCAUCAGUAUCAACCACAUAGAGAGUAAAUCUGUGUGUGCGCUGCAUCCAGUGGUU